GGCCACCGACGGUACUGACGGUCUUUAACGAGGUAAUGUUUUUCUCGCAGCAGAAUGGGGAUAACGAGCCUGCGGACCUCAGCUGCUGUUUUGCUCUGUCAGUCGUCAACUAAUAAGUUGUAAAUAACACACAGGAUUUUCUAACGCUUUCCGUUAUCAGCGAAAAUCGGAAAAGCUUUACUACCGGUGCUGUUUAUUUUUGCUUCAUGGAGUCCUCGGACUGGGGUUUGAGAUCUAUCUGCUGUCCGUGGAUAAACACAGGACUCGCCUCUCUUCUGUGAAGAGCUGUGAUAUCAACUUGACUAACUGCGUGGAUUGGGUUUCCUCGUCGCAUGCGAGUAUUUAAACGUCACUUAUACUCAGUUUGGGAUAAGAAAAGUAGAAAUUCUGUCAAUUUAGUGCAAGAGGAGCGGACACUUGUUGAAACACCAAUUACCGAGCAGACGUUCGCUAACGUUUCUCGAGGCUGCUAACCUUAAAGUUGCUUUUAAUUCAGGCCUGACAUUAUGGUCAACAAACGGGUAUAAGGGGUAUUUGUUAAAAUUACCGAUAUGGCUCACGCAGCAGCUUAGCUAACUUGGCUAGCUGCCGCUGUUCCAGCGCUCCGUUCACUCCCCUUGUUGUGUUAGCAACCGCGGCUAACGUCAUGUCAACGGUAAAUUCAAACUAGUUCGUGGAAAUGUGUUGAUAUAAACUCACAUGUGCAACUAACUUGCUGUAAUCGUUGCGUACUUUUUCUUGAAAGUUACUACAGUUAACUUGCAAACGUAGAAACCCGCAGAGACUGAAUUUACUUCACUUUUCGUUCACAACAACUUUUAUUAACGGCAGCUUAACGUUAGCAUAGCUGCGUUAGCUCGUGUUGGAAAGAACUGACUCUGCCAACUAGUUUUUUUUUCCACCGCUCAUGUGCGACGUAUGUUGUGAAACUCGGAUGGCUUUGCUUCUCCGUUCCCUGGGUGGCUUUGGAAGAUAGACCCCCUCCCCUUGCACCGUCCUCUACUCCCCCCACCCCACCGAGACGCUGAAGUUGUAAGACUGCGGGCCGCACAAUGUCCGGCUCCGCGGGCACAGGUGGCUCCAACCCCAGGAAGUUCAGCGAGAAGAUCGCGCUGCAUAAUCAGAAGCAAGCAGAGGAGACGCGGGCCUUUGAGCAGCUCAUGACAGACCUGACCGUGUCGAGGGUGCAGUUUCAGAAGGUCCAGCAGCUUCGUUUGUCUCAGUCCCGUGCACAGUACUACGGAGGCUCCCUUCCUAAUGUCAAUCAGAUCGGCAACACCAAUACGGAGUUUCAGGGUGGCUUCCCUUCAGGGUUGGACUCAGUCAGAGGGACCCGCCACCAUGGGCUCGUGGAGAGGGUCCACAGGGACCGUAACCGCAUUAACUCUCCUCAUCGCCGACCCAUUGACAAACACGGACGGCAAAUGGAGAGCUCUCCAUACGGGGCGGUGUAUCUGUCGCCACCUCCGGACAACAGCUGGAGAAGGGAACAGCAGCCAUGGACUGAGGAAAAACGCCCUGGGUUUAGAUUAUUGUCACAACUCAACAGAACCAACUCAGACUCUGCUCUGCAUACAAGUGCUAUGAACCCAAACACUCAGGACCCAUUUGGCAUGAAUCAGCAGAUGGGCCGAGGUCCCCCACAGCGAAAUGGCUGGCAUGCAGCUAGUGUAAAUGAGGCAGACAUAGAUGGCACCGGAGAUGUCUUCUCUUUCCCGUCUCUGCCUACUGAAGAAAAUCUAAUAGGUGUCAGUAAACCUCUUCCCAAGCAGCUACGGGAGGCCCAGAGGGUCCAGUCUCUGACACUAAGACCUAACUCACAUGAAGUGCCUGGAAUCAACAUAUUCCCGUCCCCGGAGCAGAACCCUGGUUUGUCCCACUACCAGGGCUCUCUCAGUACCGGUGGCUCCCUGCCUGACCUCAGCAACCUGCAGUUCCAGUCUCCACUGUCCACCCCGCUGGACCCCGAAGACGGCGGAGGGUACCCCAACCUCAGCGGGGGCAACAGCACUGGAAACCUGCCAGCUGCUAUGAUGCACCUUGGCAUUGGGAACUCACAGGGUCUGUCCUCCUCUCUCAGCAAUCCCUCCAUCCAGGCUUCUCUCAACAACUGUCAGCUGCAGUCGUCUCUCAGUAAUCCCUCCAUUAGCUCGUCCCUGCGUCAUUCCAGCAACUCACCCCGGAGGCGACCAGCUCCUAUCAGCCCUCUCACUCUGUCUCCAGGAGAGGACCAGCGCAGGGGCCUGGCCAAGCAGCUGUCCCCUACCAUGUCCCCCACUCUGUCCCCCAUUACACAGGGAGUUGCUUUGGACACCAGUAACAUACCAAGGGAACCGCCCCCUCCCUAUCCACUCUACCAGCAAUCCCAGCAUGCAGUGGAUCAGAGCCGACAGCGCCAGCCGCCACCGCCGCAGCAGCCAGUUUCGCCACUUCAGAACAUCCCACUGGACUUUAACACGGGCCACCAAAACAGUAUGGCGGCACUCUUCGGGGACCCCUUUGUGGAGCAGCAUUUCUCAAAUCGCCAGGGCAAGACUCUUCCCUAUAUGUUGGACCAGUUCAGUUUGCUGGAAAAUGUUUUGAGCUCCACAGCAGGGGGGUCCUGCUAUGAUCCUUCAUCAUCCUCCUCUUCGUCCUCCCUAUACCACUCUCAGGCAGCUCUGUCAGUGCUGGGGGGGAGCCACGGCAGCCUGCAGGACCCGAUGCACAUGAGAUCCAAUAUGCUGUACUCCAACUGCAGUGGAGGGUUGCCCAACAUCAUCCUCACAGAUGACUCUAACCCGAGCCUGUCGAAGGACAUCAGCAACGCCCUCUCCACUGUACCGGAGUGCUUCGACUCAGAGGGAGGCUUCCCAUUGGAGGACGAGCUGCGCAUCGAGCCACUCAGCCUGGACGGUCUGAGCAUGCUCAGUGAUCCCGACAUGGUGUUGCCGGACCCAUCUGUGGAGGAUACUUUCCGCAGCGACAGACUCUGAAUAUGAAGAGCUUCACCCAGUUUAAGACAGAAAACACACACACACACACACACGGAUUUACAGUGUAAAAGUGUCUAAAUCUUAAAAUGCAUGCCACACACUGUGGAAACGGCCACAUGCAUGCAUCCAGCACCACUAAGAGUCAUGAAAUGUGAAAGACGAGCAGCUUGCAGACUGACUUCUUCAUCUUUGAAUAGGGAGACUCGUGAACACUGUUUACACCUGCUUCUGAUGCAUGCUUGUGCUCACGUUUGUCAGAUUGUUUAAAACGAUGCAGCCGUGUGUUUGAAAUCUGCUCUGGGAUCGGAUGCAGGUCCAGCUCUGAGUCUUUGCUCCCUGCAGACGGCCUCUACUGAAAACCAAAACGGAAAACACAAACAAGCGACCAUCCAGAGUUGUGUUUUUCUCUCAUCACCAGCUCACAGCCCCAUAUUCCUCCUCUCUGAAGCCAUGGAAACACUAUAACCAUGGUUACACACCAUAGCAACCCCAUCACCGUGCAGAAGAGAAGCAGAAAUGCCAACACAUAAUUUACGUUUCUCGCUGCUGUAAUAAAGAAGCGGAGCCCAGCGCAGAGUUCCAGCUACCGCUCGCAGCUGGAACAGCGACCGCCGACGGGUUUCUUCUAGAAAACUCAAAGCCAGACUCCUGAACAGUCCAGAGGAAACUCAAGUCCUCAGAUCAUGCUUCUUUGCAUUUGAUGUCUGAACAUUUUGAAAGGUUCUCUGCAGGUUUUUAAUAUAAAUGUAUAUAUUCCUACGUAGGCCUCAGAUUUUAGUCUCAUUUUCAAACAAGACAAGAAGGGCAAACUGUUUACAAAGAUGAGAUUGUAUUAAGUAAAUAUUACUAAUAUUUUUAAUUUCAAGUAGAGAAAUAAAAUUCUAAGAUUUGUUAAAUGAUAUAUUUUUCUUGCAAUUUGGAUGAACAUGGACUUGUUUGUGUAACUCAGGCAGCACUGAGACAAUUGAACAUUAAAGUCCCACUUUUUAUUUUGUACGUUUGUGUUUGGAUACCUAAAUGUACGUUCACUGCGUAUGAUUUUUGUUUUGUACUGACGUGUAAAGGCGCUUGUACCGUACUUAUAACCUGUUUGUGAAUAAGGGCAUGCUCUGUGCUACUGUGGAGGGAUUUUCAUCCUACAUCUGUCGGCUUCUGUCCGCGUGUUUCUGGAGUUUAGUGAAGUGUCCCCAUGUGGCUGCACAGUCAGAGCGACGCAUUCGGAGAGUAGAUGGUGUGGACACUGCACUUAAAGUUUUCUUUGCACUAAUUGGUUCACAUUGUUUUUUUUUUUUCCUGAAAACCCAAAGAAGUUGCAUGAAGCCACGGGAAAGGAAGGUGUGUGUGUGUGUGUGUGUGUGUUAUUAGUGCAUUUACACACCUCCUGAUCAGCAGCUAUAAUUUGUUGUGAGAGACAGAUUUUUUGUUUCUGGGUCCUGUGAGGUUUUGUAAAGAGUUACCUGCAGUAGAUUAUGUAACAGCUCAGCCAUUCUGGGCAUUGACUGCCCCCUAGUGUCCCUUUUGAACAAGAGCUGGUGUUUCAUGUUUGCUUUUUUUUUUACCUAUGCAACUUUUCCAGAGUGAAACCUGUUGAACAGGUGCAGCUUGCACAAUAUGCAGCGUAGCAUGGCUCGUUUUUUUUCUAACCUACACAAUGUGAGGGAUCAAAUUUGAUAGAUAUUACACGUGUCCACUGUGAACGGUUCGUCAACAGAGGAGUUUGAACGCAGUUUUUUGUUUUUACAGACUGUCACUGUGUAGCCUGUGGGGUGUUUUUGUGCAUGAAAGAUUCAGUCGUAAUAUCUGUCGGUUUACUUUACAUCCACUUUCACUUCCUUUCAUUUCUUUAACCCGAUGGGAGGGGAGCUGGAGACACAUUGUGGUGUAAUUUAGCUUUUUCUGAGGUUUUCUUUCUCUUUUCCCUCCUCGUUCCUGCCGGUUUUCCUGCUGUCUUUUUGCCUGCCUUCUGCUGCCUUACUGUGUUUGUUUUUCCAUAUUCCAGCUGUUUCCUGCAUCAAUUCUCUUUAGCUUUAGCUCACUUUACUCUGCCUGUGGUUGUUUUCUGUCAUCUGGUCUCAACGUCAAGACUAUUUGUAUUUUUCAAGGUUGUUUUUUGUUUGUUGCUUAAAAGUGUACAGUUCUGUUAUUUAAAGAAUGUUUAUGCCCUUUAGUGUUACUUUUCAAAGUCAUUUGAGUUUUUCCUCGAGGUAUAAAAUGUUAUUGGCUUGUAACGUAUGUUAUAGUGCUUAUCUUUCUGGUUUAAUAUAAUCAAUAAAAAAUAUAAAAUUGUUAUAAAA